UCGGGAACGCAGGCGGACGUGUCGCGGAUGAAGGUGGAGCUAUUGUGAAUUGUUCCUGUGCCCCGCGCAAAAAAGCAAAUAAGAGCAGCUUUUUGUGAAUAAAUCGGUUCGUGACCAGGUUUUUUACCAUUUUUAAGGAAAAUUAAAUCGCUUCGUUCUGAAAACAACGCACUAACGCACACCCACACUUGCGCGGUCGCACGCACAAGUUUAGGUGUGGAAACAAGUGAAAUAGGGCUGGGAGCACAAACUGAGAUAUGUUACUUGCUAAAUAUUGGAUUAAGCUAAAAUAAAAAGCCAAAGAAUAACAACAACAACAAUCAAUCGAAUAUGCGCGUGCGACAAAGAGGGUGCGAGUGACGAAAGAAAGAGGUAGACGAGAACAGCAAACACCACACACACACACCUACACGCUGACGUCGACGCGCUGUCUGUUCAGUGGAGCAGUGUUGCCAGCCCACAAGAGAUCUGCCUGAAAAUCCCAAUUAAAUAAUUAAUGUCUUUAAAUCAGAAUUGGAGUAACUGGUGCAGAGCUUUUAAUUUGCAAACUCCUUUUUCCCAAUUCGGCUUAUUGGCAUUGGGGCUAUUCUGCUGAGUUGGCAACACUGGCCACCAGAGAAUGAAAGAGAGCAAGCGCGAGAGAGAGCGUCACAUGCUGGGGCGCUCAUUUCAGUUUUCCUCAAUGAACACUUUUCACGGUUUUCGAUUCGUCGGUUCGCGUUUUCCUCAGUCGUGCGUUGUUUGCUCGUGAAAAAGUUGUAAAGCCCAGCCAACUACAAGUACAUAAUAAAGCCAACUUUUAUUCGCAGUGCAUGUGCAGCGCGGGAUAGCGACACCCAGCCCAGUGAGCUGUUAAAUAAUUUGUAAAGUGUUUGUGUUUUUAACGUGUACAGCCAAAAAUUCUUUGCCUUUUGCAUAACAAAAACAAACUGAGCAAAUAAGUGUUGAAAAAGCCAUACUACACAUAACACACACACGCAGAGAGAGGGAAAAGGACGCCUACGUCAAUAAGCGAAAAACGAAAGGAUGUUGCUGAUGUCACCGCCGUUGCAGUAGCAACACCAGCCGAAGGAAAACACAAAAGACCCACUACUCCUCCCCCGACAACAAGCCACACACAUGUUGCUGCCACAACUAAGAUGCUCAGCGCUGCCAAUGCAACUGCAACAGCAACACAUGCAGGAGCAGCAGCCGCGAUUGCCUCAGCCGAGACUUAUGUCAUAACAAACAAAAAGCAGCAACAUCAGCAGCAGCAGCAACAAGUCUUUGUUGUUGCCGCCAACAAAAUGGUGAUACCAGCAACGGGAGCAACAAUCGCCGGUAUACCAACAGCAACAACAACAGUCGCUGCCGAGUCAACAGCAACACAGCAGCAUCAGCAGCAACAACAGCAACAUGUGCUGUUCCAGCCGCACCUACAGACAACAACAGCAGCAACCAGCACACCUCAGCAACAACAGCAACAGCAACCACCUCAACCGCGGCAACAUCCCAAGAAGCGAAAGUUCGAUCCAGCCGAGCUGGACAAGACCGAGCAGCAUCCCCAGCAGCAGCAGCAGCAUCCCCAGCAACAGCAGCAACUGAGUCUGCAGAAGCUGCAGAAACCCGCCGAUACCAAUGGCAAUAGCGAUGGACUGGCCAACGGCAAUCAGCUUCAUCGCAUGAUCGUGAGUUGCGGUGCAGGCGCCGGCAACAACAGUAGCAACAGCAGCACUAACAGCAGUAGCAGCGAUAUCAAGCAGCAGCAGCAGCAACUUAUUAUCAUUGCAUCUCCGCUGCAACAUGGCAGCGGUAGUACUUACAAGCAACAUGUAGCCAGCGGCAACAAUAGUCACGCAGCCACAAUUAUUCAUCAGCAACGCACACACACGCCCACAACCGCCGUCUACUACCCACAACAGCAGCAGCAGCAACAACAACAACGUUUUAGCUUUAAUUCAAACAAUCAGCAACAUGUACAGGAACAACAGCAGCACCUGCAACAACAACAACAGCAGCAGCAGCCGCAAUCCCUGCUCGAUCUCAGCGAGUGGAACAACACGCGUGUCCUAGCCAAAAUCCACAAUCACUAUGCCCCCGGGAUAAUACGCCAAGUGCAGGAGGCGUCUCCCGACUCAAUACUCGUGGAAUUUGAUUCCACCGAAUUGGGAUUGCUGUUAUAUCAGGAUGUUUUGCACCAGGGCCGCAACCAUGUGAUACUCGAUGCCAGCCCGCCCAUGGCGGAUAUUACGCUGGAUGCCCGUGUUUGUGUCCGACAACGGUUGGAGGGUCGUGGCUCCGGCAGCUUCGUCUACGUGGAAGGCGUCAUUACGGACAUCAACCAGGCCACGAAACAAUAUAGCGUGCAACUGAUCGGCGAUGAAUUGGCUAACAACAAAGUAGUACGUCGCGCCGAUCUGCGCCUCCUGCAGCCGCCGUGGUGGGAUGAGCUCAACGAAAUGACACCCACUGGUGUAGCAAGUGCCCCCGCAUCCAGCGGCAAGCGGAAAGUGUCAACGGGGUGUGCAGGGUCGGCAGCAGGCGAAGCGAUGACCGUGCCCAGUGGCAAUAUCGUUUACCCAAAGGCGGCCACCGGCACGCCAUUGACCUUCGUGGCCACCCGCUACGACGGCAAGCUGCCCACGGCACCGCCCACGUCUACACCCCAACAGUCGCAGCAGCAUCUCGUGAAACAAGAAGAGUAUUAUCGAACGACGGCCACGUCGCCGUUCCCAACGCGACCCCCAUUCGCCGGUCCUACCCACGGAUCGGAGCAGGUGGCGCAGUCGCAUCCCCAGCAGACCAACGGCCUGCCGGAUAUCGUGAUCUCCCCGGGCAGCAAUGGGCAGCACCCCAAGAUGCAACAGCAGCAGCAGCAGCAACAGUCGUCGCGGGGCUACGACGACUACGACUCCGACGACGAACUCAAGCGGGUCGGCAUCGGAUACUCGCCAGCCGCCGGCGAGCUGGACACGGAGAAGAUGAGUGCCUGCAGCAAGAGGAGCAGCAUGCAGAGCCGCGGCAGCACGUCCAGUCUACUCGACCAGAGGCUCACUCCACGAUCUCAUCCAGCAACACCAAGUGCCAUCCACAGAUCUCAGGCCACCACGCCGCACCGCUUCAAGAAGGGAGACAUCGUGGAGUCGGAGUCCGGCGUGCGCAAAAAGUACAACGGGAAGCAGUGGCGCCGUCUGUGCAUGCUCUGCACCAAGGAAUCUCAGCGGCGCGGCUACUGCUCGCGGCACCUCAACCAGAAGGGCAAUAACAGCGCCCUGCCAUCGUCCACGGGCCCAGGACGUCUGCUCAGUGACAGCCGAUCAAGCAGCAAGACGCAGAUCGAUGAGGACACCUCUCGCGACUCGGAGACGUCGCCCAACUAUCGGGUCAAAGGUCGCUACGAUCAGGAGGAGACCGAUGCGGCCGUCAUGCUGGUAUCCCUAAGCAGCUCUCGAUCUGCCACGCCCUCGUACACCUCACCUGUGAACCACGCCGGAGCCUCUCCGCUUAAUGCCAUCGCCCAUUCGCCGGUAAAUGUGUCCGCCAGUCACAGACAGAACUUUUUUACGCCCAUCGCCAACCAGUCGCAGCAACAACAACAACAGCAGCAACAACCUGUUGCCGUACCGCUCGACUCUAAGUGGAAAGCAACACCCAGUCCGGUGCUCUAUAAUGCCAACAACAACAAUAAUAACAACAAUGGCUGGGAAGCGAGCAGCAGCCACAGCAAAAGCAACAAUACUCAUGUUGCAGCUACGACAGCAACAUCGAUUGCUAGCACUCAACCACUGCCGCCGCAAACGACGCCCGUUUCGCUGGUGAUGCAUGCCCCACCGCCGCACCACCAACUGCAGCAGCAGCACCACCAGCCUCCGCCGCCGCCACCUGCCAUUUUGCCAGCGCCAGCGGCACCACCCACCAGCGGUAGCAGCAAUAACAACAACAGCGUGGGCCAUGCCACCAGCGUUAUUCGCAUCUCCAGCAGUCAGCAGCACCAUCCACAUGUGGUGGUAUCCGGUGGUCAGACCUUUCAUCCCGUGAUUGUGGACGCCACUCAGCUGACGGUGCCCCUGCCCCCCACCACGGUUUCAUUUCAUCAGCCUAACACGCCCACCUCAACAGCGGCAACAGUGGCGUCCUUGGGUCAGGAUAAGAUGCUGCCAAAAAACGGCUACAAUGCGCCCUGGUACAAACUGCUGCCGCAUAUGACGCCCAUGAGCAAGGCGCCGCCAGCUCCGGCCACCCCAACCUUGACCACUUCGGGCAGCAACUACAGUGUAGUGAUGAUGCAGCAGCAGCCGCAGCCGCAGCACCACCAGCAACAUCAACAACAGCAACAUCUACAGCAGCAACAGUCGCCGCCGCAAAUGCCGCUAAACCAUAACAACAACCAAUUGAUUGUGCCAGCACCACACUGCUCGCCGGGCAAACCGCUCAACUGCUCCAUGAAUGAUGCCAAGGCAGCGGCAGCAGCAGCGGCUGCAGUGGCCAGCCAGAGGCAGCAACAGCAGCAGCAGGAGGAGCCGGACGACCAACUGGACGAUGAUGUAUUCGAGGCCACGACACCUGGGAUCAGUGGCAGCAGUAAGAAACAAACGGCGGCCAUGCGAUUGGCCACCCACACCAGCAACAUACGCAAGCUGGAGGAGUGUCAUGAUGCCAGCGAUGGAGCAGCAGGUGCUCCAGCCACUUCGGCUGCCAAGCGGAGAAGUCAAUCGUUGAGCGCACUGCAGCAACAGCAGCAGCAGCAAGCUGGAGCGACCGGAGCAGCGGCUGGGCAGCCGCCAAACAAGAAGAUUCGGCGACCCAUGAAUGCCUUCAUGAUCUUCUCAAAGAAGCACCGCAAGAUGGUCCACAAGAAGCAUCCGAAUCAGGACAACCGCACAGUUAGCAAGAUCCUGGGCGAGUGGUGGUACGCCCUGAAGCCAGAGCAGAAGGCGCAAUACCACGAGCUAGCCAGCUCCGUGAAGGAUGCUCACUUUAAGCUGCACCCGGAGUGGAAGUGGUGUUCCAAGGACCGCCGCAAGUCAUCCACAUCGACGGCCACUCCUGGUGGCAAGGCGGGCGGAGCUCCCGGAACGGGUGACGCAAAGCAGCGCCUGGUUUCAGUAGAUGGCUCCGAUUCCCUGGAGCACGAUAUGUGCCCCUCGACGCCAGGAGGCAGCGGCAGCUGUGGUGGCCAGGGCAUGUCCUCUGAUCUACAGGGUGACAUUAUACCCCUGACGAUCGACAACUACAAUAGCACCUGCGAUGAGGCGCCAACCACGAUCUCGAUGAAGAGCAGCGGCCAUGGGAAGCUAAUGAAGAACGAGUUGCCCUCCGACGAGGAUGAGCAGAUGCUGGUCGUGGAGGAGGAGCAACCGCAACAGCCCGUGAAGAAGCUGGAUCUGCACUGUCGCGAGCGGGUAAAUGACUCAGACAUGGACGACGCACCCUUUGACUUCCGCAAGCAGCAACCAGAAGCGAAUCAGCGUUCGGCGGAGGAGCACAAUAUGCCCGGUGCCAAUGGCCAGGCCAUGACCGCACCGCCGCUCAGUGGAGGAGAACGCGAGAUCACAGUCAAACCGAAAGCUAUCAAGGCCCAUUCAGUGCUGGAGAGCAAUAUGCUGUCAUAUACCCAGAUGUCCAACUACACGCAGUACACUAGUCCCAAGAACCCAAUCGGUGUAACACCAUUCCAACCCACAGGCGGCGCCUUCAAGUCGAUGCCCAUUAGCCCAAAGGGCAGCGGGUGCAAACCAGAGGACGUUGCGCCCCUGCAGUCACAUAUCAAGCAGGAGGACAUCAAGCAGGAGCCGCCAUCGCCAUACAAGCUGAACGGUGCUUCAGGAUCCGUUGCCGGAGGGGGCGUGGUCAGUGCUCCGCCACGUGUCUUCAACUUCAAUGUGCCAACGGCAACGGCUUUGAGUCAGAAGCAGUUUCACUACCCCAUGCAUCAUCCGCAUCGCAGUCCCACGGAUCUGAGAGAAGGUGCCGAACUGAGCGGUAGCCACAAGGGCACAGGACGCGCGGCGAUCCUUUACGAUGCCUUGGUCUUGGACACGUUACACGGCCAGGAUGAAGGGGAUGAGGACGAUGAAGGGGAAGGCGAAAGGGAGGAUGGGCCAAAGGUGGCAAGCAAAGAGCAGGUUGCCUCAUCACAGCCAGCUACCAUGCUGCUUAUCACCGACGUCAACACGUACAACCAGCAACACGCGACUGGCAGCCCAGCAACACCAGUGUCGGGAGCAGCCACUCUGCGACCCGUGUCCUUCAUAAGCAUCAAUGCCGGCAAUAAGAUCACCUUGCCAGCCAAUGCCCGCAUCCUCAAAGCAACAACGGCAACGGCAACAUCCACGACAAAAGCGACGGCCACAAAUCAUAGUAGUAGUAAUGCCAACGAACUAACCAUCACAGCAACAACAUCGGCUGCUCCUGUGGCCACCAGUGGCUCCAGCAUAGUCAUGAUUAACUCAACCUCAACACCCUCCUCAUCCUCCAAUUCCACCUCUUGUUCUGCAGCUGCCCACCAGGCGUGUGUGCCAUCUUCGCCGGCGGGCAUGGGACUGGGACAUGCGGCCAGCAUUGCCACGCCUCCGGCAUCAGCGCCCGCCCAGAUCAUGGGAGGUGGGCCAGGACAAGGUCAAAAGAUGUUGUUCGCCAUGAGCAACCCGUACCCUCUGCUGCAGCGUUCUCACCAGCCAGGUACGCCCAGUCUGGAGCACUUGCAGUUGGACGCCUUUGCGCCAGGAAGUUACAUCUUCAAGAACCACAACGGUCUGUCCUCGCUGCCGCCGCCCGUCAGUGCGCAGCCCACAAUGCUGCUGCACGGAUACACGCCAAGCCACAGUGCCGAACCGCCGGCCAGUUCGCCUUCGUACAAGUCGAUGCCCUCCACUCCCAAGUCGGCCACAUAUCUCAUGAGUGCGCCGCCGGAACGGAGCAUGGAGGGGGGCAUGGGUGGCUGUGCAUCUGCAGCGGCGAGUGGAGGCAAUGAGAACGACAUGGAAGCCGAUGGUCAGCAGUUUAUUCUGGCACCAACGCCGGCGCAGUUGGGACGAGCCCCGCUUCAGCGCCGCAAGAAUCUAUCUCAAAGCAAGUCGGAGAAUAAUGUGUCCUUUGGAGCUAAUCUGGGAGCCAGUAAUGGGCAGCACAUCAGCCGCAAGUUGCACUCGCCCACAAUUAUGGAUGCCUCUUCGCCGAUCAUUGGCCAUGUGAACAGCAGCAGCCUCAGCUCGGCCCUGCCCACGCCCACAUCAUCAACCACUACGCCGAACAGCGAUGAGCAACUGCCCCUGACGCCGACCACCAGCAGCAGCAACAGCGCCAUCAACCAGCCGCCCAAGUCUCCGAUGAAGGGAGCUCCGGGAUCAGCGGCAGCGGCCCUCAAAAAGAAAACUGAUGAGAUGAACAACAGUGUGCUCAAGCAGGUGGACUUUGAGAAGAAGUACAAGGCUCUGCCGCAAUUUCAGCCGGAGGACUGUCAGUCGCCAAGUGCCAUCGCUGUGCCCUCCUCGCCGCGCGUUUAUGGCACGAAUUACCGGAAAAAGAACACGGCUCCGCCGUCAGUGCAGAAGCUAAUGUGCGAGGACGAUUCGAUUGAGGAGCCAGUCUCGGCACCGCCCACAACCACUCAGCGUUUCUUUGGUCCCGACUUUACCAACGAGCUAAAGGACGACCGCUUUAUUGAACUGGAGAGCUCUGACCAAACGGGCCGCUCGCCCAGAACACCAAAGACACCGCUCCAGAGCGCUCGGUCCGAUGCCAGCGAGAAGGGGCACCGCAAGGUGCUGGAGACGCGUCGCCACCUGGUCAUGCAGCUGUUUGCCGAGCACGGCAACUUUCCCACUGCCCAGGCCACCAUUGCCUUUCAGACCAAGCACAUAGAUGUCUUUCCGCGCAAGCAAGAUCUGCAGCUAAAGAUACGCGAGGUGCGCCAGAAGCUGCUAGGCCAGGCAUCCUGCACUCCGCACUCGGCAGGUCCCAACACACCGUCCGACUCCAACUCGUCGUCGACCACGUUGAGUGCAAAUAGCACCGGCUUGAAUGUGCAGGCCACCAAUGCAGCAGAUGUUUUUCAAUAUUAAUAAACGACAGGUGGACACCAAUAACAGCACUCUGAGCAGUAGCCGCAUCCCGUCCGCAAUGCCACUGAAUCAGAUGCCGAGUACAAGUACAAGUAAAGUGGAUGUGGUCGAGGACUUUGGCGGGAACAGGACAAGACAAAAGAUUGUUUGCUGCAUGUGACAAAAUUACUUAAGGAUAGUAAAUGAAUCGACAGCAACAACAAUUGCAGCAGCGCACACUCACAAAAUGAAAAAGAUAUACAAAACAAGCUCUCACUUAGCUACAGCUCAUGCAUGAAAUGCAUGGUUUACUAGUUUUUAUUAUAAACUGCAAAUAGUGAGAGAAGUUACACAAAGAAAAUAAAAGAUAUUACACAUUUUUAAUUACAAUAGGCAUACAAAAUAUGUACAAGCAACGUAAUUUGAGAGUGGAGAUGAGAAACUUAUUACGAAUGAAUUUAUUAUGCAGCUUAAUAAAUCAGGAGAAGAGGUAGAAAUUUUGAUGAAAAUUUGAACUUUUGAAGCACAUAUGAAGUACAUACAUAAUGAAAGCAUUGUAUAAUCCCGGCGUAACGGCUUAGGUUUUAAUUUACAGGCGAAACUGCAACUAACAAAUUGCAAGAGCUAAGAGAAAAUUACGGAAAUAGCGGUUAAGCUUUAACUUAAAUUGCACAUUAAUUUUGAAGUGUAUUAAGCACAAGCAAAGAAUUGUAUAAAUCAAACAGCAAGAAACUUGAAAUGAACACUGUAGUUGUAUUGUAUAUUUAGUCGUAAUAUUUUUAAACGAGAACAAAUCCCUACAAAACACCCGCAUUAACACCCACUUUCACACAUCUAAAUGCUUUUAAACUGUUUGCUUUUGUUCUCAAAGUUUAUGCGAAAACAAAUCGUUUUAAAUUGUAUGUACAUUUCCUUUAAUUGGCUUUUUACACUGUUGUCUAAUUGAAUUAUAAUUUAUAUAUAGUUUUUUAUUAUUAUUACUUUAGCAUAGCCUGUUUUUAAAUUGUACACACACCGAAAAAUAAACUACAAAAAAGAAAAUAAUUGAAAGAAAUUUAUUACAGACGAUUGAAAGAAAACAAAAAAAAAAAAGAGAGAGAAUGAGAGAACUAACUGUCUUCCACUGUUGCUGCAAUAUACUAUUUAAUAUUGUUUAUCAUUUCGGUUGAAAUACAUUUAGUUGUAAAUUAAUGUUUUAAGUAUAUGACUGCAUUUUAUUGAAAUGCAAAAUAAUGUUCUUUGUGAAUUGUUUAAUUUUUUAUGUUGUCGCUGAUUUAUGUUAUUAAUUAUGUGGCUUUUUAAACUUAAAUAUUUUGUCAAAUCUUUCUUCCCCCAAUGUCAGUCACAGUUCUUAUCUAUAAUUAACGUUUUUUCCCUCAAGAAGCAACAGUUGCAAAGAAUUCGCAAAAUUAAAGAAAACUCUUACAGAUAUACACUCAAUAUAAAAAAAUAAGCUAGUGACGCAAAAAAAAAUUAUAGUAACAAUAUUCACAUUAUAGGUAUUACAAUAAUUUUAAUACGCAAUAAUUAAAAUCAUCAAAUAUUCAACGUGUGAAUUUAAUUGAAUGCUGCUUCCAUUUAGUUCCAUUCUUGCUGGACGCUGCUAUUAUAGAAAUUAACAAGAACAAUAAAAUAAAAAAUCAACAAAUUUUUAAAAUUUAAAAUCAACUCACGUAGUCGUUUAUAAUUUUUUUUAGUUUUGUGUUUAAUAAUAUUUUAAUUAUACUUUCUUUAUGACGAUAAGUUAUAAUUACCUAUUAGUUAUUUGUAUUAAUUAGUGAACAAACGAAAUUUUAUAUGAUAAAAAGCAAAAGAGCGUGUAAACUGUAGCGUGUUAAUGUUAAAAAAUACGAAUAAAACAAAAAUAAAACCAAGUUUUUAAGCAAAUUCGAACCAAUGUGUGAACUUAAUUGUAGAAGGAACACAUAUAAAUUUUCUAUUUAUUUUCGCCACCUCCCCCCGAACUCCUCCCCUUAGCAAGCAAACUUGUGCCAAUGACAAAGCUUAACUAACAUUACUCACUUAUCGAACCCUCAAUAGAGCUAAGUAAAACAUGUUUGUCAAUUAGGUCAAAUGAAAACAUAACACUAACUUUCUGACCUUCACGGAGUUCGAAAACUUGAAGUUGAUACAACAAAGAACAUUUUUGGACACCAACAUUUCGGACUCAAAAAGUAAAAUACGGAAAAAGGAAAAAUAACAGGAAAUACUGAAAAAACUUUUGGCAAUUACUAAAAUGAGAACAAAAGGGAAACAAUCUCAGUCAGAAAACACACAACAAAAAACGGCGUUUCGGAUACAAAAUUCUAAAAUUCAGGUAUUACAAGCAAAACAAAAAUACAGAUAGUGUUGUAUAAUGUUUUGAACAAAGUAAAAAAAAAAGAUGAACUAUUUAGCUAUUUAUACAAGCAAGGCAAGUGUGCCCACUUUGCGAGUAAGUGUAAAAUUUAUAAGGUGCUUUUAUAACAAAAUAUUUGGUAAAAAAGCAAAGGGCUCCUUCCCACAUUAAUAUAUAAAUAUAUACAUCUAUUUUUGUCAAACGGCAUCCACUGUA